AAGCCCUAUGCGUUACAAUUGCGUGCAGUUUACUAAGUGGAUAAUUGGGCUCUCACAGCCACUGAACGCAGGGAGGGCCGCCUAGCCGCUAGUGCAACCAGUAGGAUACCAGCGGAAUAUUACGAUGGCCCGUCCGACGCACUUGAUACUCCUGUUCGUCAUGUUAGGCGUGGUGCACACUUCCCAGGGUCACGCGCGCUCCUUCACCAGGUGCCAGCUGUCCAGAGAACUGCUGCGGUACAACUUUCCUAGGAGCAUGAUACCUAAUUGGGUGUGUCUGAUCGAGCACGCGAGUGGAAGGACAACAGACAAAGUCACGAACCACAACAACUCGUACAUAAGCUACGGACUGUUUCAGGUAUCAGUUGCUGCCAAUCUUCCCGAAAUCGUUGCUUUCUGGCCUCUUGCAACAGCCCCGGGCACAGAGAAGAUCAAUAACAAGGAUUGGUGCAAGAAGGGCAGGAAAGGGGGACAUUGCAACAUUAAGUGUGAAGAUCUCCUGAACGAGGACUUGGCAGAUGACGUCCGAUGCGCCAAGCGUAUCUAUGACCGCGUCGGCUUCAAGGCUUGGCCGACCUCCUUCUCUUAUUGCAAGGAGAACAGCCUUCCUGAUUUGUCAAGAUGUUAAGGACCAGAUCCUAGCAUCAGGACCAAUUGGUCCUUUUACCCGCGUGUUCUUUAGU